AUGGCGAAUAGCAUAGGUGAACUAUCCAUCGACGGACAUGAUAUUUUGGAAACCCUCGAUGCAGAGCUUGAUAACCAGCUUCUGAGAACCAUGAACGAAGCACGAAUGUCUGUGGAUUCGGUAUUGGAUCAAAUGAACAGCGAUGUCAAGCCUAGCGUUGAGGAACCUGUGCCAAACUCUAUGGCAUGUGGCAAUUCCGAUGGAGUCGACGCCGCAUAUUUCGCCGCUGCAAAUACCAUUGCUGCAGAUACCGCCACUGCGAAUGGAUCUACCAACUUUCGCAAGAAGGAAAUCCCACAAACUCCAGUUGGUCCGCCAGUUGGUCCGCCAGUUGUUGAGUUCGGCAAGCCAUGGAAGCCCACAACCAAUGGGCGAGUAUCAAUCAUCAGGACUGAAAAAUCCCAGGAGGGGAUUCCUCAAACUGAAGCUGGUAAACCUAAACAAUAUACACCUCUGGAGAAAGCGGAAGGAAGUUUCACCCCUUAG